ACGGCACUUCUGGCCUCGAAGCGCCUGUUCAGCAUCUAAUCUACUUCGCGUUACCGCGUCCUUUUCCUGUGAUACUUUGCACAGAAUUUACUGUUUCCGCACACGCGACGUCACCUAACAGUCGAUAUGAGCCACGUUUUGGUUAAGUGGACAUCUCAAGAGGCGUGGGACGUUUACCCUGUCACGUGCCUGAUGGACAAGAAAGUUGCUGCAACCACUGCCAAGAAACCAUCAUUGGUUGGUAGCUUCACAGGAGAAGUGUUCCACAUCAAAUGGGACUCUUCCAAGGAACCGGCACCAGCUUAUCUAGUAGCCGCUGGUGAACACAAGAAGAUGAAAAAGUUACGGACGGAGAUGGCCGAACAAGCUUUGGCAGGAGGACACGAGCCAGUGACAGCGUCGUCGUCAGAGCAGCAUUCAUCGGAACACAGUGAAAGAUGCUGCACACACAAAUCAGAGGUCAAGCGGCUCCGCAAGGAAGUUAAAGACUUGGAAGAACGGCUAUGUGAAUCUGAAAACAGACAUGAAGCCGCAAAGAUGGUGAGGCGCUUGGGGAAAAUAAUGUCCAAAGUUCAAUGCAAUCAACCACAAGCUGUAGAGCAAAUUCAAGAGGACAUUGGAAAUGGAAUUUUGUUGAACACGGCCACACUGGACAGGCUUCACAACACCUUCCAGGGGAAGCCGUCCAGGUUUGAGCGCAACUUACUAAGGCUGCUCUUCACCACCGAGGAACUCAGGGAUCAUUCAUUGUACGGCAUACAGUCAAAUGUACAAAAAAGGGGGACUGGAUCGGACAAGGCUGGACGCUGUUCUCGAUUAUACCUCAAGCAGGUUUGGGACCUCGUCGACCCCUCUGAAAAAAAGCUUAGCAGCAAUGCUUCUCACUCUAAAAAAAACGUGAAGACCAGCUCAGGAGCCAUUUUUAUUUUCGUAGAAGCAGGUCGCUUUAAACGGCAAUUUUAGU